CAGCCCAUGUGAGCCGGGGCUUCGCCUGCUCAUCAGGAGAAACAGCUGAACCUCGUUCACCGUUUGCUUGGAAGGCCGAACCGUAACCUUUAAGUUACCGCGCUCUAGCGCCUUAUGCAGGGUUAUGAGGAAGCGGCACGGGCGCUCAGCAUGUCAUCUCCCCUAAUGGAGUUCCUGUGCCGCAAGCUGAGCUUCUCAGAGGAGUCCUCUGACAUGCAUACUCUGUCCACAGAGGACGGGCUGUAUGAUAGCCUGGACGGGAGCUCCGCUGAGCUAACUGAUGUUUUUGAGGAUGACUUCUUUGAGGGUGAGCCCUGGAGUCCACCGGGGCUCGAACUGCGCCUGAAGGUGGCAACACAGUUGGAAUACUAUCUGUCUGAUGAGAACCUCACUGAAGAUGCCUUCCUGCUGAAACACAUCCAAAAGAACAGGAUGGGUUACGUUAGCCUCAAGUUACUGACGUCCUUUAAGAAGGUGCGGGAGCUGACCCGGGACUGGCGGACCACACUGGCAGCGGCUCACUGCUCCCGCCUGUUGCAGGUGAAUGAGGAGGGUACCAAGGUGCGGCGCCGGGACCCAGUGCCCGAGUGGCUGCUGUGCAUCCCCACCAGUAAGCUGCUGCUAGCCUGGAACCUCCUGGGGGACGUGGGGGCAGAGGAGCGGGCAGCGCUGGGCCUGGAGCCACCGGGCCUGAUGGAGAGGGCCAUGAAGCUGUUCGGCUCGUACGGCGCCAUCGCCUCCUUGCGCAUCCUGCGGCCGGGGAAGGAGCUCCCGGCGGAGCUGAGGCGAUAUGCUAAGAGGUACGCGGAGCUGGGCCGCAAGGUGUGCGCCGUGGUGGAGUAUGAGCAGCUGGAAGCGGCGAGGCGCGCCUACGAGGCACUGCGGGCAGCGGAGGCCCAGCCAGGGGCUCCGAGUAGGGACACGCGGGUGGCGAUGCUGGGCAGCCGAGGGACACGGAAGCCAAGCUGUGGCCAAGACCACGCAGCCGAGCCGGAGGGCCGACCCGGGCUGGGAGCCCCCAGGAAGCCAACCCGUAGGUCCCGACGCACACUGGAGGACUCCGCCCUCUAUAGUUCUUCAGAGUCUGACUUCGCACCGGGGUCUCCCAAGCCUGUCCGUCGCAUGACCCGGCCGCCGUCUUUGUAUGGCAGCCCAUUCGGCAUCCCCCAUGCCUCAUUCCACGGCGACCCAUUCAGCAACCCCUUAACCAGUCCCAUAGGCAGUCCGCUGCUCCCGCGCAGGCUCUUCUCUGUGGGGAGCCACACUCCGUCCCCGCUGGUGGUUCCGGAGCUGGGAAGCAGCCCCGUGCUGGCUGGCAGCGUGGUCAGGAGCAGGUGCAUGGGAGACUGCAGCCAGGAUGGGGGCAGCAGUCCUUGGGUGCAGCGCCGUAGGACGGCAGCCGCCCAGACCCCCUGCCUGAAGGAGGGGUCUCCCUCUGUGGUGGGCGGCCAGACCAGGAAGCAGUGGCCAGGGGUGGUGGUGCUGCGCCAGCCCCAGGGUCCAGAUGGUACGAAGGGCUUCUACAACUGCCUGGGCAGGGGGAAGCUGCAGCUGCGUCCGUGAGCCGCAGCCCUGCCUCGCUGGGCGACUGUCCAUCAGCCUGCAGCUUGGGUGGCACUUCAGGCACUCAGUGGUGUAAAUCUUAAAAUAAGAUGUAUGAAAUUUCAAAGAGCAUUGUAAUGAAAAUUAAAAAAAGUAAACUUUUUUGUACUCAAAA